AUGUCCAAAUCACAAAAUAAAGGUUUUACCAAGGAAGAAGAGUUGCUGCUGCAAGAUUUCAGCCGAAAUGUGUCUACCAAGUCGUCUGCAUUAUUCUAUGGUAAUGCCCUAAUUGUUUCGGUAGUACCAAUAUGGUUAUUCUGGAGGAUACAUAUGAUUGAUAUUUACUCUUCCUUGAUCUUGUUCGCUGUUGUGACUGCUGUAUCUACCUAUUUAUUAGCUAUGGCUUACAAAAACACUAAAUUCACACUGAAACACAAGAUUGCUGUCAAAAGAGAGGAAGCUGUUACCAGAGACUUAUCCAAGAAGCUUGCUGAUGAUAAGAAAAUGAGCAAAAAAGAAAAAGACGAGAGAAUUUUGUGGAAGAAGAAUGAAGUUGCUGAUUUUGAAGCUACAACGUUCUCAAUUUUCUACAAUAAUGCAUUGUUCUUGGCAAUUGUGAUACUUGCCAGUUUUUAUUUGUUACAAUCCUUCACUCCAGCAGUGAAUUACACAUUUUCUAUUGGUACAACUGCUGGAUUAUUAGCUCUUCUGUCUACUGGUUCUCAGUAA